ACACACACUAUGUCCGUACAUGGAUGAGUGUUGGUGUAACUGUUCUUGCCGUUACCGCUGCCGUUGCCGUUGCAGUUGUCGUUAUCGUUGUUGUAUCAUCCUCACUCACUGUUUCAGAUAUUGUGUUCUUUAGUGUCUAUAACAUAACUAUGGGAAAAUAAAAUAAAGAAAAUUAAGAAAAUACUGGAGCACAGUUAUAUAUUGCUUUCAUUGAUCCCGUUAUAUUCACAUGCCUAAAUCAAUGAAAUCAAACUGGAUUAUUAUACAUUUUCAUAAUAUUAUUAUUAUUACUACUACUACUACUAGUAUUAUAUCCCAAUUGGGUUAAUACUUAGAAAUAUAGAGGAAGAAACAAUAAUGCUGAAUAAUAAUAAUAAUGCUAAUAAUAUGCGGAAGGAUGGAUUAAAACUCUGCUGAAUACUCUCAUUGGGCGAAAUCUCCACAUAUAUAUUUCCCUGCUUUACAACACAUUUUAACCUUGAAUAUAUUUAUAUAUUUAUAUAUUCAUUCAUUCUGUAUACUAUACUAUACUAUUAUUAUUAUUAUUAUUAUUAUUAUUAUAAGUCAUAAUUGUCACCUUCCUUGUUAUCUCUCACAUAUAUAACAUACAUAUAUAUUCAAUUUUAGCGAAAGCAGCACACCAAUAGAGAAGCAAUGAGCUGAUUGAACUCAUUUGCAUAUAUAUAUAUAUAUAUACAUAUAUACACAUACAUACAAACAUAUUAAUUGUUAGUAAUGAAAUACAAAAUGCUCCAAAUCCUUGAACAACGGAGUACCCUCUGUACUGUCAGUAUUAUUACUAUUAUUAUUACUGCUACUGCUAUUUUCAAUUGUUGAGUAAUUCAUACACUAACACACACACGCACAAAACUAUUUAGCAUUCCAGGUGAUAUAAACAUACAACUUAUAGCUCAUAUCUUAAAGUCAACGCUUACUUACUCUUUGAGCGUGAUUUCCACCAGCGAUAACCAUAACCAUAAACACAAAACACAAACACAAAGUCAAGAAGUCAAACACACAUAAAACUCACUGGGAAUUUUUUGUUGUUGUUUGUUGUUUUGUUUUGAUUAUGUCACAUAAUAGUAAUAAUAAUAAUAAUAGUACAAAUCUUAAUCCAGUGAAAAUGACCAGCUUGAAUCAAUCGAAAAAUCAAGAUGGUGAUGCCUUGGAUACUGUUAUCAUCCCAUUGAAUUCAACCACGUCACCUGCAUCCACUGGAAAAGGUCAUCAAUUGAAGAAUAGUACUUCUAAAUUAUUAUAUCUUUUCAUUAUUUUAUUAUUUCUAUUAAUUUUGAUAUUUUUAAUUAUUGCUACGGUCAUCGCUGUCUACUAUUCCCAGGCUUAUCGUAAAUGUCAAAUUGCUAAAGAUACUGAGGUAACACAGUUGAGGUAUCCCGACUUGGAUGAAUUAUAUGCAGCAGAUAACAUUACAGACGAUUACCUCCAUAAAGAACUCGAUUUAUUAUCACAUCGUAAAAUGAAAGAUGUCCGACUGCCAUACACUGUACUUCCACGAUUUUAUGACUUAAAACUUCAAGUUCAUUUGCACGAAGAGAAGACAGCAGACUUCUUUUUUAAUGGAUCAGUUAGCAUUCAAGUUUAUUGCUCAAUUUCUACUCAAGAAUUUUUCGUACAUGCUCAUGAAAGUUUAACUAUCAGUUUAAAUGAAAUCAGUAUGUUUGCUUUAAAUAAAGACAAUGAAACAGUUGAAGAAAUUGCCUUGAAAAAUAUAUCCUAUGAAAGAGAUUUUGAAUGGUAUCGGAUAGAGUUGGUGCAUUCACUUCAACCGUAUACAUUUUAUCAAUUACAAUUUCGACAGUUUCGUUCUCCCUUAAUUGAACAAUUAAAAGGAUGGUAUUUAAGUAAAUAUUUGGAAAAUGGAACCUACAAAUAUUUAGCAACUAGCCAGCUUCAACCAACGGAUGCUCGACGUGUAUUUCCUUGCUGGGAUGAGCCUGGAUUUAAGGCACAAUUUCAGGUUAGAAUUAUACGCAAAAAACAUUAUCAUUCACUAUCAAAUAUGGCAUUGGAGAAGACUGAAAUACUCCACGACGACUGGCAUAUGGACGUGUAUGAGCCCAGUCUUAAUAUGUCAACAUACUUAUUGGCAUUUGUAGUCUCACAGUUUGCAUCAGUACGUGGUGUUGAUUCUAAAGGAAGAAAUUUUACUGUUUGGGCGAGACCAGAUAAGAUUAAUUCAGCUAUGUAUGCACUAGAUAUUGGAAAGAAAAUUAUUCGAUUCUUUGAAGAUUACUUUGAACUGUCAUAUCCACUUAAAAAGACAGACAUGGUAGCUGUUCCUGAUUUUGCUGCUGGCGCUAUGGAAAACUGGGGUCUAAUGAUAUAUCGAGAGGCAACAAUGCUAUGGGAUCCUGAAUAUGGUACAGCAGGAACUCAACAAAAAGUGGCGACUGUAAUUUCACAUGAAGUUGCCCAUCAGUGGUUUGGAAAUUUAGUAACUUUAAAAUGGUGGGAUGAUCUAUGGCUUAAUGAAGGUUUCGCCAGUUUUGCUGAAUAUAUUGGAGUGGAUCAUGUUCAUCCAGAAUGGGGAAUGGAUGAACAAUUUCUUCUUGAUGAUAUACAAAAAGUGUUGGUGAGUGAUUCACUAGCCACCUCACGUCCAGUUAUUCAACCUGUUUGUCUUCCCGAUGAAAUUAAUGAAAUUUUUGAUCCAAUAUCAUACAAUAAAGGAGCAUCUGUUCUCAGAAUGAUGGAGUCUUUCAUGGGUCGUAAUGCAUUUCGAGCAGGUGUUAAGAAUUAUCUGUAUCAGAAUAAAUAUAAAAAUACUGUUCAUGAAGAUCUGUGGAGAGCGCUUACUGAGGCAUCAGAAGCUGUAAACAAAGAAGUGAAUGUCAAGUCAGUUAUGGAUACUUGGAUGAAACAAAUGAAUUACCCGCUUGUAAUUAUUCAAAGGACUAGUGAUAAUCUAUUCCAUUUUGAGCAGAAGCAUUAUUUAGAACCAGCAGAUGCUAAACCCCCAAAAAAUCCAUCCCCUUACAACUUCACUUGGAAAAUCCCACUGACAUAUGGAUCAGCUAAAACUAAUAACUGGGAUGAAGUAGACGUUAUUUGGAUGAUGAACAAGACAAUGACCCAAACACUAGACGUUGAACCGAAUUCAUGGUAUUUAUUUAAUAUUAAACAAGCUGGAUUUUAUCGGGUUCAUUAUGCUGAUAACAACUGGGAAUUGUUAACAGAACAGUUGAAUAAAGACUUUCGAGCUAUUCCCCUUCAUUCACGAACACAGAUUUUGGAUGAUUUGUUCAGCUUGGUCAAUCGUGAUGCUGUAUCAUACUCUGUCUACCUAAAUUUAACGAAAUAUUUGAAAAAAGAAGACCAAUAUGUUGCAUGGGAAACAACACGGAGAGCACUUUCUUACCUAGAUCGUAUGCUAGCUAUGGAUGAAAUUUAUGGAGCUUUUCAAGCAUAUUUGCGUCUCCUUGUUGAUGAACCUCUAAAAUCAGUAGAUUGGAAAACUAUGAAAGAAGACAAAGACCACAUGAAACACAUGUUACGCUUGACUUUAACUAAGCUAGCAUGUCAAGCUGAGCAUCAUUUUUGUGUUAAAAUGGCCUCAGAAUAUUAUAAAAACUGGAUGCAGAAUCCUGAAGAGAACUUAAUACCACCGAGUCUAAGACCAGCGGUCUACUGUACAGCUAUUCGUAUAGGUGGUCAAAAAGAAUGGCAAUUUUUGAAGGAUAAAUUAUCACAAGUAGACAUUAAAGAAGACGAAAAGAGUAGUAUAUUGCAGGCACUAUCCUGUUCUCGUGAUAUGUGGAUUGUACGACUUCAUCUGAACUGGAUUAUAAUGAAUUAUGAAAAAGAUCCUCAGGAUUCAUUGGAUGCCCUGGCAGCUGUAGCUGUAUUUCCAGUUGGUCAAAGGCUGAUAUGGGAGCAUGUUCACAAAGCAGUGAGAUAUAUAUCAAAUGAAGGUAAAAAUGCAACUCAGGCAAUAACAAAAAGUAGCAUGUUAUUUAAUAUGCUGAAAAUACUAUCGAAACGCCACUACACGAUGAAUAAUAUACCAGAUCAGGAAGAAGUACUUGAUAUGCAGAUAUCUGGACAAAAAUUACGUGAAAAUAAUCUGCUACGGGUUGCAAUCUCUGAUUUACUAAAAAGAUUCAAAGAAAAUACCAAAUGGACUGAAUCUUAUCUCUCGGUCAUAAAGAAAUGGUUAAAUGAAAAUGUCCCAGAUACAACAAUCUUACUUUAGAAAAUCAAAAUAAUUAUAAUAAUAAUAAUAAUUAUUAUUAUUAUUAACUGAUAAAAUGUUUUCAUAUUAACAAUGUUUUAUUUAUAUAAUUGUUCGUAGAAUAAAGUACUAUUAUAAUUAUUAUAAUUAUUAAUACUACUAUUACUAUUAUUAUUAUUAAUAUUAUUACUGGAUAGUCAGUGAAACAGAUCCAAGUGUUCAGAUACCCCUGUCAAUGUGUUCCCAAUAAUAAUAAUACUAAUAAUAAUAUUUCAAUAUGAAACAUGCAAUAGCCGUGUUACACAUACAAACGCACUCACUGUAUUUUGUCGUUUACCUUCAUUUUGUCUCAAUUUUGAUGUGUGUGACUUUUCUUUUUGGUUUUUCUAAAAAUUAUUUUGAAUGCAUCAAAAAACUAUCUGUUUCUUUUUGAGCAUAUUCUCAUCAGCAUUUGAUCUUUUAUGCAUUUCAUGUUCAAGUUCCUCUGAAAAGCAUAAAAGAAAGGGAGGAUGUUCACCAACACACAAACCCAUGAGUGUGACACAUGUGUUACGAAUACUCUUCAUCUACUAUUCCCUUUCCUUUUCCUCUUCUUAAAAGUGGUCAGUUGUAGGAAAUUGAUUCUUUCAUUUCUUUCGAUCGACAGAUCUAUGGAUGUGUGGAUAGAUGGUUGGUUGGACGGAGGAA